GUUGAAGGUUAUGAGGAAACAAGAGAGACUUUUGCAGGAUAUAAUCUGCGUCCAACAGGUUUUGAAGAUGAUACAAGCAACCGAUCUAGUUCAGGGUCAGCACUAUCAUGCUCUGAGAGCUGUGUUCAGUUAGGAAGGAUGGAUGGGAACAGGAUCGCAGAUUCUGUCCAGUCCAAAUUUUGGGACUUCCGCAUUCCUAAAAAAAAGAGGUCGAUGAAUAGAGGUCAUAGUCUAUCACCUGUUGAAAAGCUCAGAAGGGACCUUGUUGAUAUUCUACAGCAGCAAGAAUCAUCCAGCCUCACUGGAUAUUCAGAAGAGGUGCUUAUUUUCAAAAAGGAAGAUCCGUGGUUUUCUGCUGAGAUAGGUCUGGGGGCCAUUCAACUUAAGCCCUCAUUAUCUUUCACCGGGGAGGAAUCUGAGGCAAGCUCACUCAUUAUGGAAAAAAAGGUCUCUUGCUUGAACAACGUUGAAAAAUCAUGUUUAUCUCUACUGUCCCAAAGUAGUGAAGGUAGUACAGGUCAAGAAAGUAACAGAUUGAUUCAGGAGACUGGGGAUGCAGAAGAGUUGAAAGUAAAUGUUGCAAAACAAAGUGCAAUCGCAAACAAAUAUUCGGGGACCAUUCUUCUUAGCAAUCCUGAUAUUCUGCAAAAUACAAAUUCUCCUCAUAUGCAUAUAAAUUGGAAGCCCGAAAAUGACAAAAGCUUUACAACUAUGAACAAAAUGACUGAAGCCACUUCUUGUUUAUCUCGUUUUAUUGGAGGUGGAAUCUCCCUACAUGCUGCGACAAAUCCAAAUCUUCCAUAUAUUCCAUAUCUCCCAACAUCUGGAGGUCCAAAUUUUGGCACCAUUGAAGGCUUUAAAAGACCGAAAGAACGGAUGGUUGGACAUAAUACUUCUUCAAGCAUAAGCAUGCCUGCUUUCUCAAUUGGCAGAAAUUCCAGCAUACUUCCCUUGCCGAAUUUUGGGGUUGAAACUUCUUAUAUUGAUGUACCAGUAUAUCCUAGAAACACCUUCCCUGUUUUUAGACUUCCUAAUGCUUCAACCUUCCAAAAAGAAGCCAAUUGGGAGGAAACAAGAUCAGCUGCUGAGAUAAUCCAGCACCCAAACAACAGAAACAUUAACUGAAAGCAUUUAUACUCCCUUGCAGUGGCAUUUAGAUUUCUCUCAGGUUCCGUUUGGUUGCAAGGGAAAUUAAGCGAAGGGAAUUAAAAUUAUUUUGAAACCUAAAAGGGAAACUUUUGUCAUCAUUAUCCGACA